UCCGUCAAACCAGUUAGGCCAGUUUGCAUGCGUACCGCGGUCAGUUCGCGAGGGUUGUUGUGUGUCGUUGUCAUCGUUGUGCUACUGCUUGGUGGGACUUCAGCUAGCGGCCAUCAUCGACGGCGACUCGUCUGUUACUUCACCAACUGGUCACCAAACCGUCCGGCCGAGUUCGCCUACGGAAUCGACGAUAUACCGGCGGAGCUGUGCACACACGUGACGUACUAUGCCGCUGGAGUGGAUGCGCAGAACUAUGAGCUCAAGACAGACAACGCACGGUACGAUAUUCUGCAGGAUGGAUUCAAGAAGUUUGCUAACCUCAAACGUGCUCAACCUGACCUACGGCUUUCACUGGCCGUUGCGUGUGAAGGGGCUGCUUGUGGGCCAUUCGAAACGAUGGCUUCAUCGCUGAUCCGACGCCAGAAGUUCAUCAUGAGUGCGAUGCAGUUUAUGCAACGGUAUGGCUUCGACGGGAUCGAAAUUGGAUGGAUCUGGCCUGGUGAAAGCCCGGAACGCAGUGUCGAUAAGGACAAUCUGUACCUCCUGAUCGCAGAGCUGAAGCGAAGCUUCAAGGAGGCAGGACAUGGUUGGGAGGUGGCCGUUUUCGUCCCGGUGAAACGGAGCAAGAUUGAGAAUGGCUUCCACCAGCAGCUGAUAUGCCAAGCUGCCGAUUUCGUCCAUCUGACGGGAUACGACAUCCGCGGGAACUGGAACACGUUCGCCGAUGUUCACAGUCCGAUGAACAACCGUGCCUUCGAUCAGGGCGAGUUCCGUGAUGCUAACGUGAAGGGAGGAAUCCAGCACUGGAUCGCUGCCGGUUGUCCUGCGGAGAAGAUCGUCCUAGAGGUCGCACUUUACGGACGAUCGUACACACUGGCAAACGAAACGGACCACUAUCUAGCGGCACCGGUAACGGGAGCCGGUCAAAAUGGCCAAUACACUGGCAGUUCCAACUACAAGGCCUACUUUGAGAUCUGCACCGAACUCAAGAGCCCCGGAUGGACGAUCGAUUGGGAUGUACAAGGCAUGUGUCCUUACGCGUACAAUGGCAACCAGUGGGUUGGGUUCGAGAACGAAAACUCCGUCACGGAGAAGGCAAUUUAUGCGGCCACGACUGGACUGGCCGGUCUCUACGCUUAUCCGAUCGAUGUCGACGAUUAUAAGGGCGUUUGUGGUAAAAAGUAUCCGUUGCUGAACGCACUCCACGAAGCCUACAAGCCCGAAAGAGCUCCAGUGAUCGGUGAAGAUGAUUUCAUGUUUGCCAUUUGGCGCUCCAAACGCUCCGCGCCAACAACAAUAAACGCUUAA